GUUGAUGCACAUUAUUCUGUUUGGGUGUCCUUUGCAGAAAUUUAUAAUGAAAUUGUAUAUGAUCUGUUAUCAAACGAGACUCAGAAAAAGAGAACAUCCCUCAAAUUAGCUACAGAUGUACAGGGUAGGGCAUUCAUCAAAGGUCUUAAGGCUGUUUGCGUCAAUUCCGGUUCUGAAGCGUAUCAGGUUUUAAUGGCUGGACAGUAUAAUUUAAAAGUAGCUGCAACUGCUUUAAACGCAAGAAGCUCGAGAUCUCAUUGUAUAUUCACUAUUAAAUUAUUGAAGUACUAUGUUGAGAAUGAUUCCGAUUCUGUUGAAGUUAGCACAUUUGCCUUUUGUGAUUUAGCUGGUUCAGAACGUUUAAAGAAAACAUCAAAUAUCGGAGAUAGAUUGAAAGAAGCACAGAAUAUUAAUACAAGUCUGUUGGUAUUACGAAGAUGUCUAAAAGCAAUUCACGAUGGACAGUUGUCUAAACAAAAAAUAGAACAUGUCGGUCCAUUUAGAGAAUCAAAACUAACUAGGCUAUUUCAGAAAGCACUUUCUGGUAAAGAACAUAUAGCUCUGAUAGUGAACAUCAAUCCUUUACCGAACUUGUACAUAGAAACCCAGAAUGUUUUGAAUUUUUCUGCUAUUGCAAAGAAAAUAGUUAUAGAACAGAAACAAAAAAUACAGAAGAAGAAAUCAAGAUUUUCGCAGAUAGUAUCACAAAGUAUAAAAACAGUAACCGAUUGGGAUGCUACAGAAUUAGAAAGUGAAGAGUGUCACAACACGGCGGAUGAUGUUGUGUCCGGCUAUGUACAAGCUGAAGAUUAUGAUGAAUUGGUGAAUGAAAACGAAAGUUUGAGAAAAGAAAUUGCUAGUUUGAAGAGCUCUGCAUUAACUCGGGAUCUUCAGAUACGCCAAGAAAUGGCUGAUACUUACACAAUUAUGAUGAAAGAGAUUGAAGUGGAAUGGAAGAAUCGUAUAAAAGACGUGGAGGAACAGCAAGAAGAUGUAGUUCAAUGGUCUGUGAAACAAGUUGAAGAUUUCUCUAAGCAAAAACUGGAUCAACUUAGCUGUCGUAAGAGGAAGCGUCCGUCUAAUGCAGAGAACGACGCUGACGAUUUAAAAAAUAUGGAAGAGUUGGAACGUGAAAAUUCUCGUUUAACAUCCAAGAUUGUAUUACUUAAGAGUAGCGUGAAAGAACUUAAAGAGUCAAAUCAGUCCUUGACUGUUGACAAGAAUAAAAUGAGUUUCGAAUUGGGCAUGAUAAAAGAGGACUUGAAAAACGUGAAGAAUUUGUUGAGCACAGCUCAAAAAGAUGUUUGUUUGGAUGCAGACUCAGGGUUUUACGUGGAGGAAUUAAAAUCUCAGUUAUUCGCGAAACAAGAACAAGUGAAGAAAUUAAAAGUAAUUUUGAAUGACGCAAAGAAAGAGUACAUUGCAAUCACCACACAAGUAAGGGAGAAAGAAUAUGUCAUUAAGGAACAAGAAGAAUUAUUUGAGAAACAAUACAGAAUAGAUGAGUUAGAAGCAGAUUUGGAGAGUGUGAGUAUUUGUUUAACAGAGAAGACAAAAUCUGUAGAGGUACUAGAAGAUAAAUUAGAAAGUCAGAAUAAGAAAAUGACGGAUUAUGAGAAUAAAAUGCAAGAUAUGCAAGAGCAACUAAGCAAAUUCGAAAGUGAAAAACUACUACUAUUGGAUGAAAUUAAACUUCUGAAGAAGACAGCCUUGACUAGGAACAUUAUAAACGAUAUAGAAUGUAAAAACGAUGUGCUUGGUAAAUCCUACGAUUUGAAGAGUAUAUCGGACCAAAUAAGCAAGUUGCAAGUUAAUAGUACAGAACCUAAAGUUGAAAACGAGAAAGCUGUUCAGCAUGAAAUCGAAAUAGAAACAGCUGAGAUAGGAUGCCAAGUGCACACUGAGGCAGAAGUAGAGCAGGUUCAUAGUAUUGAAAGUGAACUUCAAAAUAAGAGUAGUCAGACUAUUGAAAGUACUACAACUGAAGAAAUUACCCAAACAAGUUUCAUCGAGGAAUAUAACGAGUCCGAUGUCGCUCUGGCUGAAUUAGAAAAAAUAACAGUAAAAUAUGAUGAUUUGAAGUCACAACAUAAAGAGAAAUGUUGGAUGUUGGAAGAACUGGAACAAGAAAUAUUAUGUUUGAAGCAAAAACUAGAAAGUCUUGACGAUGAAAGCAACUCAAAUAAGCUAGUUAUAGAAGAAUACAAACAAUCAAAUGAGUCGUUACAGAAGCAGCUUACUCUAAUCAGAGACAGUAAAACACAACUUGAAGAAACGUUGAGAGAUAGUGAUAAUGUUAAAACUACAUUAGAGACUAAAAUCAGUGGUUACGAGGAACAAUUGAAUAAAUUUGAAAAGGAACUCUCACACGUUAAGGAUGACUACAAUCAAUGUAUGGAAAAACUGAAUAUCCUACAAGCAGAUUUUAAUAGUCACAUCUCAAAGUGUAAAGACGAGCACGAAGAAACAAUAAGUAAGUUGCAGAUAGAUCUUUGUGUAGCGUUAAAGAGGAGUGAUUUUAAGUCGAAGUGUUUAGAUGCUUCUGCCGCGAAGUUCGCUGAACUGAAGCACAAUAUGGAAAGUAUAAGCGAGCUUCGGCUACAAAUGAAAGACUUAAGUUUAGAAUUUUGUCAACAUGAGAAAGAACAUCUGCAGAAGUUACUGGACGAGAAUAAUGAUAAGCUUCUAGAAUUUGAGGAUCGUUUAAAGCAUGCAAAGGAGAUACAAGAAAAAAAGGAUGCUGUAAUAAUGUUUCUUCAAGCAGAAUUAAAGCUUAUGAUCCCAACAACCUGCGAAUUAACGGAGGCGAAAGAAGAACUUUCGCGAAAAGGUGAAUACAUUGAAAACUUGGAGAUGCGCGUGCAAACGUACGAGCAGAACGUGAAG